AUGAUGUUAUUAAAGUAAUAUUUCACUUAGACUAAUAAGCAUAAUUAUUUUAUAAGAUUCACAAAUGUAGUUUGGGAGAUGUAUUUUGUUAUGUAUUUUUUUAUGUGCUUGAUUUUUAUGGGGAGUCUUACAAAGUUCCGUAAGCUUAUUACAAGCUUCUUUUGGAGAAAAUAUUAUCAUGUUCACUAUUAGUUCCAAUUACUUCAGUUGCAAAUGCCUUUAAAUAAGGAAUUUAUUCUUUAGCUGCUAAAAUACCCUUCGGAAUAUAAAAUUUAUCUAAGUAAUCUUGUGUAUUGUUUCCAUGCUAGUUAAUGUUAAAUUCAGUAUCAUAAUAUUAUUUUUUUUACUAUUUCUAACUUACAGAGGAUUGAGAUUAAAAAGAUGUGUUUAAUAUGUUUUCUUAAUUUACUGUAUUAGGUUUCUAUGUUAGUUAUUCAUAAGUAGUAAAGAAAAAGUUUUUGA